AUGCCUUCCACAAAGAAGACUCUGCAUUUCAUAUCCAGUGCUUUGGCUACAUCUAUAUCUGUUGGGAUUAUUGGAUAUGGCAUGUCAACAAAGUGGGUUAUAACAACCAUGGAGUGCGCACGAAAGGAUUCUGGUGUGUACAAUGGAUCUGCUGAGAUCACCUUGACCCUUUUUGAUGGAAUAUUAGAGAGAUCCUCCUGCCCCCUGUUUGGAGCUACAGAUACAUUUCAAGUGAUUCCUACAUUGGCAGGAAGAGAAGUUGUUCCAGUAGUCCUACAGGGUCUGGUUUUGUGCCUUCUUGCCCUCUGUCUGCUGUUUUCGGCAUGCAGCAUCCUCAUCUCUCUCUACAACAGUGUCAGCAAUCCUUAUGAAACCUACAUGGGGCCUGUUGGAGUCUACAUCUGCAGCUCUCUCAGUGCAUGCUUGUCUGUGAUAGUCCUCAUCCUGUUUGUGGUGAACAUCAGUGCAACCAAUAUGGCAGAAACCUUUGUAGAAAAGUUUACUGAGGGUGUUCCAGUAGCCCUGAAGGGAAAGGUUUCAGUGAUGCAGGUAGGAUAUUACCUGGUCAUCCCUUACACAGUGCUCUCUCUCAUUGCCAUCGCCUUGAUCUACACAUAUGAACAUGCAGCCUACACACGCAAAAAAGAGCAGCAAAAGCCUACAGAGGAUGCACCCGUGGACUUAACAAUGUAUUAGUGCAACAGAGACCAUGGAGUUUUCAAUAGCACUGAUAUAUUAAAGACUUUCUCAAGAAACCUACUGUAAUGAAAGAUAACUGACUGUGGUUAUACACAAUAAGGUCUGGAUACACAGUAAAGCCUUGUUCAUUGUAUGAUAGAUUUAUAAUAUUUAGUCUUACUAUAUCAGGAAUAGUCUGGUCU